CAAAUUGGAAACUUUGGUUAUAAAUAGAAACCCAUUAAUCUCAUAAACAUACAUACAAUCAAACACACCAAUAAUCUCACACCAAUAAACCAUGGCACUUUCUUAUUCUGCAUCAGCCACAUCUUUAUCAAACUCAGCUAAUUAUUGUAACAGAAUCAAGCUUUCAAGAUCAUUAUAUCCUAUUAAUCACUCAAAUGUGUUCACUAAUUUGGUUUAUAGGAGUAACUCAAAGGUGAUCUCAUCACCUUCCUCUUUUACUGUGAGGAGUUUGAGGAAGGUGGUGCAACCAACUGUUGUAGAGUCUGCUACAGAGGUUGUUCUUAUUGAUGGUUUUGAACCUGCUGUUAUUACACCACCAAUUGGCUUGAAAAGAGAUGAUUUUCCUUCUCAAUUUAAGUUUGGCGCCUCCACUUCUGCUCUUCAGACUGAGGGAUCAGGAACUGAAGGUGGAAGAGGAAAAAGCACUUGGGAUUUUAUGAUUGAAGCAAGCAAAGGAAGGAAAGGUGCAGAUUCAUACAAUAUGUACAUGGAAGAUGUGAAGCUGUUGAAAAAUAUGGGGAUGAAUUCUUACCGUUUUUCCAUCGCUUGGCCCAGGAUACUCCCUAAUGGUACAGAAGAAGAUGGUCCAAUCAACCAAGAGGGCAUUGAUUUCUACAAUAAAUUCAUUGAUGCUCUAGUUGCUGAAGGGAUCGAGCCUGUCAUCACAUUGUUCCACUUUGAUCUUCCGGUUGCCCUUCAAAAUAAGUAUCAUGGCUUCAUGAACAGUCAGAUCAUAGAAGACUUCACGAAGUACGCUGAAAUUUGUUAUGCAAAUUUUGGUGAUCGAGUGAAGUUAUGGUCAACGAUCAAUGAACCUUUUGUAUUUGGGUCAUUUGGGUACAAAAUGGGCUUGCCUGAAGAUGUCAAGAAUGAUCCUUUAGGCCCAUACAUUGCUACUCACAAUAUUAUCUUAGCUCAUGCUGCUGCGGCCCAAGUCUACCACGACAAAUAUCAGAAGAAACAAAAGGGCAAAAUUGGAAUUUCACUUCCAUGUAAAUGGUAUGAGCCUCAUUCACCUGACCCUAUCGAUGUGGACGCUGCCCGCACGCAUUUGGAUUUCAUGUUGGGUUGGUACAUGGACCCCUUUGUUAAUGGUGAUUAUCCCAAGAUUAUGAAGGAUUCUGUAAGAGGUCUCCCAGAAUUUACCAAGGAACAAACAAAGAUGGUGAAAAAAGCAUGUGAUUACAUUGGUGUUAAUUAUUACACUGCUAGAUAUGCCAAACAAACUUGCACUGUUGAUUCACAACAAGGGAGGAUCAGAAUUGAGUACCUUGAAGAUACAGCGGACAUAGAUGGAAAUGUAAUUGGAGAACAAGCACAAGGACAGGCUGAUAUCUAUGUACAUCCUCCUGGUCUCAUGAAAUUGCUUCUUUAUAUCAAACAAAAGUACAAUGACCCUGAACUUUACGUUACUGAAAAUGGUGUUCCGGAAAAGCCUACAAUCACAGCUUCUGUCGAUGAUCUAAUCAAACAAGGAAAUUUUGACGAGUUGAAAGCUGCAUUUUUCGAUGGCAAGAGAGCCGCACAUGCUGGCGACCACCUUCUCUCAAUUCGUGAAGCUAUGAAGCAAGGCGCAAAGGUAAAAGGAUACUUUGUAUGGUCACUUAUGGACAAUAUGGAAGUGGGAGCAGGCUAUGAUGUUCGCUUUGGUCUCAACUACACAGAUUACUUCGACAACCACAAAAGAUUCCCAAAGGCGUCUGCUAAAUGGUUCACUAGAUUUCUCACUGGAUCCUUCAUCAACAAGAACUAGCACUAGAACUAGUGCUACUGAUUAGUGAUGAUAUGAUCAUGUUGCAUUGUUUCAUGAUUUUUCAUGAUUUAAUUUACUGUGUUUAACAUUACUUCCACUAAAGAUCAAUAAGUUUUAUCACUUA